CUUGAGGCAGCCUGUCGGUGCCCUCGCCCUCGGACGUUGGAGGAGAGGAGUCUCUGUGUGGCCGGCAGUGGAGUCCAGAGCUGAAGUCUGCUUGUUCUUGUCAGUUCCCCCUCACUCUCCUCCAGUUCUCAUGUGAGGUGGUGAGGGGUUAAGGAGCAAGAGAGAGACACAGUGAGAACGGCGUCUGGCGGUGGUAGACGAGAAAAUCCUUGCGUGUGAUGGCCAAAGAGGAACGGGAAGUGGCAGGUGACCCCGGAAGACACAGGUGUGGCUGGGUGUCGGUUGAGCUCAACUGUGUUGAUGGUCUUUGCCGGGGAAGUGGUCCGGAGGGUCUGGCUGCCUCGGCUGGGGACGAGGAGAAGGGCGCUCGAGCUCCCUGGGCAGUGAGGGAAGCAGGCACAUCAGUGACACUUCGGGAUGUCUGUCGUGAGGGGCGGGGCACGGGGGGUAGCGAGGCCCGGGGCGCCACUUGGCCCCACAAGCCCCCCUGCGGGCCAGGGCCCUGCCGGCCGCAGCCCAGGACAGCCGCUGCUGGGAGGCGGGUUGCAGGGCCCAGGAAGUGUUAGGCUGCCUGAGUUUGCUUUAGAAGGGAAUGGAAUGUAGUUCUAUGUGGCGGGAAGCCCUAGCCUCUGCCCUCAGUAUCAUUCCAGCCUUUUCUCUCCCCUCAACGUGCUUAUUCCUCAGGGCUCCCCAGCCGCUGAAUCACGGGGCUGGGGGCCAGGGGAGGAAGAAAAGAACGGACCAUUGUUUGGUGGGGUCUGCCCUAAGCACAGCCCCGGUAAGUCAUUUCAUCCUUAUAGCUCCAAGAGGUAAGUGCUAGUGUUACCCCAUUUUAUUAUGAAGAAACAUAGCUUCACGAAGAGCCAAAAUUUGAACGUAGGAAUUCAGAAUUUUAUCCGGGAGGCACCUCCUCUGUCCCCCGGGCUUGGGGUCAGGUGGCAGUGUGGUGUGAUCGGGUAGGAAUGUAAGGACAACAGCCCACCAGGGAGCCCUGAGCUCACCUGGACGCAGCCCAGCAGCAUAAAUAGAUGCGGCGUCAGGCCCCCGCCGCCAGGUUCCCGCUGACAGGACAGAGUGAGCAGCAGUCGGCCCCCGGGCCUCCGGCAAUGCUGCAGGUGGUGAGAGCCAGCGACAAGCCAAGCACGGGGGUCAGGGAGCCGGCCGGGGCUCGGUCUGCCGUGGAGCUUUGAGAGGGGUCAGGCCAGCUCUCAGAUCCACAUCCAGAUCACUGAUCUCUGUCCGUCAGCUCCUGGCAGGACUCCCGUCUGGCACAGUUGUGUUCUAUAAGGGCACCUCCUAAUUUUUGUGGUUCUUUAUCUUUGUCUGUUCCUAUAGGUAAAUGGAGAGAGCGUCGAAAGGAAAGAAUUGGGACGUGGACAUGGAGUGUCUGAUCCUGGAGGCCGAGGCCCGGGAGAGGCAGGAACUGGAUGAGGAGAGGAGGAGACUUGAAAAAUUCAGCAGUCCCAGAGCUAACUUGGAGAGCCUGGCUGACCUGGAAACGUUGGUUCAAAGACGGAGAGAAAAGUGACUGAAACGCAGAGUCCCCGCCAGGGCACCCGAGCCUGAGGUCAAGCCGCAGCCCCUGGCCCAGCUGUAGCCCGUGGACCUGGAGGCAUUCCUGAAGGCAGCUGCUGAGAACCAGGAGGCCCUGACUGACAAGUACCUGACAGACGGAGGGGACCCCAAUGUCCACGACAAGCUCCACCGCACGGCCUGGCACUGCGCCUGUCCGAAGGGUCACAGCCAGCUCGUGAACAAGCUGCUGGAGGCGGGUGCCACCGUGGACGCUCGGGACUUGCUGGACGGGCCCCCUGUGUUCUGGGCCUGCCGCAGAGGGCACCUGGACAUCCUCAAACAGCUGCUUAACCGGGGCGCCCAGAUCUGGAGCACGCCCCUGCACGUGGCCGUGCGCACCGCGACUGCCUGGAGCGCCUCGUCGCCUGCGGGGCCCGCGCUGACGCACAGGACAAGGUAGGCGUCUGGCUGUCCCGGGCUGGGGCGGCUCCACCCCGGGAGCCACGACUAAGGCAGCCUGAGCUCAGCAACAGUACCUGCUGACCUGACCCU